GUUAACCUAGCAUGUUAAGUCGUAAAAUACCGUUAGCAAACAAAAGGAAACGGUUAUUAUACGGAGAACAUGUUUAGCAUCAUAUAAAGGUUAGCUAACUUGUAUGAUAUAUCUUACACUAUGUCUGGCCGUUGUUUGUACCGGUUUUAGCCAGUUGCAGGAAGUGGUUUAACGUUACGUGACGCUAACAUGUUGCUGAGCCUCGCUGAUGUGACGCUAGAACCGUAUUGUUAGCAGAAUUAGUCAGCAGCCAACUUAAUGACGACCUCUAGUUAACUGAAAAACCUGCUGCAGCUGAAAGCAACACAAUAGUGAGCAACAGUUAGCAGGAUGAUGCUCCAGCAUGGAUCCACACAGCUCCUCUGCCUCACAGCCAGCAGUGGGGUUCCCCUCUUCACAAGAGGAGCAUCCAAGCAGCUGCCAUUCUCUGUCAUCGGCUCCCUGAAUGGCGUCCACAUGUUUGGGGGUGGCCAAGGAGUAGUUUUGUCCAGUUGUGAGACUGAAGGCGGGGGUAAAGUAGUAUGGAGAGUUUUCCAGGACAGUGUGAUGCUCAUUAUCGUGAGUGGAGGUGGACAAGAUGGUGCAGGUGACAUCAAAGAGGAGGAGGUUCGUUUACAGCGGCUCCUGGAGAAUGUGUGGAGCUGCAUGGUGCUGGUGUUGGGACAGGAUGAGCUGACUAAUGUCAGAAAUGUUGAGAGGUUGAAGAGGGACUUGCGGUCCUGUUUCAGCCUCAUUGAUCAGCUGUUGGAGGACAGGCAACAGGGCGUCCUGGGUAACCUGACACACUGCGUUGAUUCACUGCUGCCUCCAAACCCCACUCUUCUUCAAGAGGCUUUGGAUAGUUUUGCUCAGGCUGCAGACAGUGAAUUUGGCUGCCUUAUUGUCCAUGGGCGGAUAGCUGCAGCAACUGAGAAAUGGUGGCGUCUGGCUCCACAGGAAGUUGUGCUGCUCUCUGCUUUGAUACGUUCCCUCACUGCCUCUGGAUCAGCCUCUUGUGAUUACCCAGUUUUCCUUCCUCAUGGCAGCCCCACGGUCGCCCACCGCCUGCUUCGCUUCCAGCUGCUACCUGGGGCAGAUGUUUGCGUGCUGUGCGGCCCAACACCUUCCCUGCACAGUGCUGAGAGUGGGAUGGUGGGACGAUUCUGGACACCCCUGGUGGAGACCCUGAGAGACUGCUUGGCUGUUGGAGAGCACAGUUUACCUAAAUCUGUAUCCUUGCACCCUGAUGUGCUGGCCCUACUUCUGAUAAACCGUGAAACACGUCGCUCAGUCUCCUGUGUGCGGACUUCCACUAAUCGUCCACUGGGUGACCCUCCUUUACCCUCCAAGGCCCGCUGCUGGGAGAUACUGAAGCUCUUCUACAUCUUCAGCACCACACGAUACUUCAACCAGGAGGAGACUUUGUGUGUGUCCCCCGAGGAGAGGGCUCAGAGGGGCAACACUGAAGACUUCAUCUGUGGAUUUUCCCACCAGCCACUACAGUGCUAUUUAGUUACAGAAGAGUGUAAAAGCUAUGGACUUCAGACGCCGCAGCACCAGCUCUUUGUGCUCGCCCCACUGUCGGUGCCCACCUUUGCAUUGCGUGGAGUUGCCACACAGACUCUCUCUGAUAUUGUUGCAGGCACUGGGUUUUAAUAGAACAAUUGACAUUGUUGGCACAUCUUGAUUGUCCAUGAACCCGCAAUGUGACUAAAAUAACUUAACUGUGAACCAUCUGCUGCUAUUUGGAUUUUCUUAUAACCUUAUUGAUAGCUGCAAAAAUGUGCCUCCAUCUAUCCAUAUUUCGUAAAGACAAUCAUUAGCACACCACUGGUUAAAGAUGAACAGAAAAUCACUGGUUAUUUUGACUUACCAUCUCAGGUAUAUAAAACUGACAUUAUAGGAAAACAAAGAAAAAUGUCAAACCAAGUGAACUGCUUUUCUCUGUUGCACAUUGUGUCUAACUUCACUGUCUGAUAGGCUGUCCCUUUGGCAGAAUUAAGGGUUAGAUCUAUUAAAUACCAACAUUUUCAGUAAGAUCUGACUGUAUUUGAGCAUCAUGGUUAAAUGUUACACAUCUUUUGUUUACAUUUUGAAUCAUUUUGGCUCAAAAAUAUUGUACUUUUAUUCCUAAAUAUAUUUUGUGAUAUCCAGAGGGUCUUGUGGUUUUAAAUGAUCUAUUCACAAUGUUCCUUUUACUAAAGUGUUGUUUGGUUUGUUUUGGAUGAGUUUUUCACAACAACACUUUUGGACUGUAGAAAUUGAAAUAAACUAAUUGACAAAAAAAUGCAAAAAGCAAAUCAGACAGUUCAAUGGUUUCAAUUUUAGCAUUUUAAUUGAAACUACUCACAAAUGAAAGUUAACAUUUUUAUAUUGUUUUUUCGUCAUAACGGACAUUUUCUUGUCACAGACUGCAUGGGGUUAAUAUAUAAAUGUAACUUUAAAAAGAAAAAAAACAUUAAAAGCUUGUGUCAGGAAGUCCAUUCUAUAACUCAUACCUACAACUGUUGCCUUAUGUGAGUCUACAAAAUGAUAUGUAUUCCCAACCACAUAAUGCUGAAAUUAUAGUGGCAGUCACUAUAAACAAAACACACAUUGCAUA